GUCUCCUCAAAAUACUCUUCUUAACUGUUAUCAACUGAAUCAAGCUCUUCGACUUUUUCUGGGUAGCUGAGGCUUGAGGGGAAAUAAAAAAGAGGAGCAAAUUUAUAUUUUUAAUUAGUUAUUGUUGUUUUUUUAUAGAAAUAAAAAGUUCUACACAAGACGGGGUAGUACGCCAUACAGAAUCACCAGAAGCUAAAUCACUAAGGGUACAAAAUUUAGCUAUUGUUAUUGAAGAAGAUACAGAAAAUAGAGAUUUUAUUUAUUUUAUUCUGGGAGAUCGAAUGUCGAUGUUUUUCUUUUUUAUUAUUUUUGGGAAAAAGGGAAAAUGUGUUUAAGAGAGAGAGAGAAAGAGAGAGAUGGGACGGUGAAGGCGGUGCUGAUUCUAACGAGACUGAACAUUCUCAGAUAUGAUGCUCUGGACAGAGCCUUGCCAAACUACCCGGCCCUCGUUGCUCUACUUUGAAGGUUCGUUCUCAACGAAGGAACAGUCGUGAAAGAAAAUUAAAACGAAUGUGGAUUGGGUUCUAGGGCCUGGAGCUUGAUUUCAGAUAAAAAAAAGAGGUUUCGUUGGUUGUGGAUCUUUUCUUGUUGAUGCUUUAAGUGGUUGUUGGAAAAAAAAUGAAAGAAAGGAGAAUCAUAAGGUAUAUAAACAAAUGAGGGAGGGACGGUGGUGUCAGUUUUGUGCUUGUGGGAGUCUCUGGUUUGAGAAUUAUUUAGUGUUGAGAGUCUGUUGGCAGUGUCUCCUGAGCUGACCGUUGGCGCCCGGGGUCCGUGGGCUCUGCCGUCGACAAAGGAAACAAUCUCUUCUUUGGGUCUCUUGCUAUUGAAGAGAAACGCGUCUUAAAAAAGUACAGACUUCAUUUACUCUUCCUCUCUAUCAUAUUAUUCCUUCAUCGGUUCAUGAGAUAAGAUUCCAUCCCAACAAUAAGAAUAUAUCCUUCCUUCCCCUAUGCUUCCUCCCCCUGAAGCCAAGAGUCGGUCAAAGCUCACAAGUCCAGUCUUCAUACCUGCCUUUUUUUUUUUUUCUUUUUCAUUUCUGGUCUUGCGUAUUUUUUUCUUUUCCUUCUUCGGAUGGGCGACGGUGUAGGUGGUUUAGUUACUUAAGAACCGUGAAAGGGAUUGCUUUGGUAUCUCAUAGUAUAACCUGCAUCAAGUUUUCUUAUUGCCAAGAUGAAGUUUAUGAAACUUGGAUCAAAGCCAGAUUCUUUUCAAACUGAAGGGAACAACGUUAGGUAUGUUGCAACUGAGUUGGCAACUGACAUCAUUGUUAAUGUGGGUGAUGUGAAGUUUUAUCUACAUAAGUUUCCACUAUUGUCCAAGAGUGCCCGCUUGCAGAAGUUGGUAUCAACCACAAAUGAGGACAACACUGACGAAAUCCACAUUCCUGACAUUCCUGGUGGACCUGUUGCUUUUGAAGUAUGUGCCAAAUUCUGUUAUGGUAUGACCGUCACUCUUAAUGCUUACAAUGUGGUUGCGGGUCGUUGUGCGGCAGAAUACCUGGAGAUGUAUGAAACUAUAGAGAAAGGGAACUUAAUCUAUAAGAUAGAUGUCUUUCUAACCUCCAGCAUCUUCCGCAGCUGGAAGGAUUCAAUCAUAGCUCUUCAGACCACAAAAUCUCUUCUACCCUGGUGUGAGGAACUGAAGGUGGUCAGCCACUGCAUUGAUUCCAUAGCUUCUAAGGCUUUAAUUGACACUUCCAAAGUUGAGUGGUCCUACACCUAUAACCGUAAGAAGCUCCCAUCAGAAAAUGGGACCGAUCCUCACUGGAAUGGUAUUAGGAAACUUCAAACAGUGCCAAAAGACUGGUGGGUUGAGGACCUUUGUGAGCUUGAAAUCGAUUUCUACAAGCGUGUUAUAGUGACUAUCAAAACAAAAGGAAAAAUGUCUAGUGAUAUAAUUGGGGAAGCUCUCAAAGCAUAUGCACUGAGAAGGUUACCAGGUUUCAGCAAAGGUGUGAUCCAAGGGGGUGACCUCAUAAAGAACCGAUCUUUGGUGGAGACCAUUGUCUGGCUGUUGCCCACUGAGAAAGGAAGCGUCUCCUGUAGUUUCAUGCUCAAGCUCCUAAGAGCACUGAUCUCUCUGGAUUCUGGGGAAAUGGGGAGGAGAGAGCUGGUGAGGAGAAUAGGCCAACAGCUAGAGGAGGCCUUGGUGCCUGAUCUUUUGAUUUGGGCACCAUCAGGAGAAACAACUGUUUAUGAUGUUGGUAUAAUACAAAACAUAGUGGCGGAGUUUGUCAUGCAGGAGCGGAGUGCUUGCACUGAACUUCCAUUAGCUGAAGGACUUCAGGAUAUUAGAAGUGUAGGGUCUGUGUCUGAAACUUCUAAGCUGGCAGUAGCAAAGCUUGUUGAUGGCUAUCUUGCAGAAAUUUCACGUGAUCCCAAUCUUCCUCUGUCAAAGUUCAUGGAUCUUGCUGAAAUGGUAUCAGGCUUCUCAAGGCCAUCCCAUGAUGGACUUUACCGUGCCAUUGAUAUGUAUCUCAAGGAGCACCCAACGAUAAGCAAAAGUGACAGGAAGAAGAUAUGCAGGUUGAUGGACUGCAAGAAACUAUCAGUGGAUGCUUGCAUGCAUGCUGUGCAAAAUGAGAGACUCCCCCUGAGGGUAGUUGUGCAGGUCCUCUUCUUUGAGCAGGUCAGGGCUGCCACAUCUGCUGGUGGCAGCACGUCUGAACUCUCUGGGAGUGUCAGGACGUCACUUCCACAGGAGAAUGAUGGGUCCCAUGGGAGCUCAAGAUCUGCAACAACCAACACGGAGGAGGAUUGGGAUGCUGUCCCAACAGCUGAGGAGCUCAAGGCCCUUAAGGGAGAGCUUGCUUCCUUAAGGCUGGGGGGUAGAGGAAGUGCGAGAAAUGGAAAUGAUGAUAAGAGUACAAUUGAUAAAGCUGCAGCUAGUAAGGUUAAAGGGUUACUCAUGUCCAAGAAGAUAUUUACCAAGCUUUUGUCAAGCAAAGGGGGACAGAGUGAGAAUAGCAGCUCUGAUACAUCUGAUAGCCCUAAUUCUACCAACAACAUGGAAGAUACCAAAUCCACACCUUCCAGAAACAGGAGGCAUUCAGUCUCCUAGCUGGGGUGUGGGGUGGAGUGGGUGGCUCCUAUUCUUGAUGUUAGGGAGUUAACUAUUGACAUCUUCCAGUUGACAUAAGAUGCAA